GUGCGCAAUGGACUGUGGUGGACACUGGAUGCUAAAUACGCUGCUGAUUCAGAGAGGGAAACAUCUUGUUAUGAAUAAAAAAUGCAGUAAUUAUUCAAUAAGCAGACACCGGAGACCUUUGUCAGACAUAAACUCAUCCCGCUCAGAGGACUAACGGAGACAAACGAUUCAGUAACGCUGAUGUCCAAACUGUGCAGAUGAAGUCACGAGAAGCCAAGGCACAGAUGACGACCCCCUAACUAAGCUAUGAAAAUCCUGUGAAGCUGUGGGUGAACCUUCAGAUACUUCAGCAUCCAGCGCUACUCUUCACCUUUUCACUUUUAAUUUACGCUGGCACAGCCGGUAAAAGCUGACCUGAAGUAUCAACUGGAAGCUAAAUCUGAGACGGUGGACCAUUACCUGGAAAUUAAUUAUCUCCCAGAUGCAAAGAAUAGAAAUUAAAAUAAAGUUUCAGUACUGUUGCAUAUGAAUCAUCUGACUCCCACCUGCCCCUCCAGCAGACAAAAGGUUUCCUACAGCUCCAUGAUCACAUGUGAGUCUCCAUUGUUCAGUUUUUUCAACCUGUGCCAGAUGCACCAAACACACAGCCAGAGAAGCAAAGCAAAAUGCUUGAAGAGGAGGAAGGGGUUCACUUCUUCAAUCAAGGGAGUAUCUCAUCUGUCCAGACGGGCCAAGAGACGCUUGUAUUGUAAAUUACAACUUUGGAUGUGGAGGAAGCGGAGAGAAAAGUGCCGUUUUGGGAUAUUCCAAGGUAAAAAACGGAUCCACUCUGGCUCCAGCCCCUGCCUUGGUUUAAAGACAGAGAGAAGUAAAAGGAAAAGUCCAACGUACCAGACACUAAAUGGAGAAAACUCACAAGUAAGAGCAUCAGCCCUUGUAUUAGCUCUUGGACGUGAUACUGGAGGUUCAGAGGACACCUUCAGAAUGCAGAAUCGCUUCUUAAAACUGACUAAAUCUGACGGUUUGUCAGGAACGUUCAUUGAUUCGGACACAAAUGUUCCUGGCACCAUCAGUCAGACUUUACCAACAGCGAGUAGUGAAAUUACUGGCACUUUAAAACAAACCGUCAGACCCCUGCUGAGUACAGCCAGUGAUGGGUGUGAAGGUAGUACACAGUUAAAGGUACCAAGAACAAUGACGGCACGCAGACUUGAGGCUGGCGGUCCAUCAGAACACCACAUUUCUGUCACUGUACGUCAGGAGCAGACGACACACAGAGAUACUGAUGGGAGAAUCAGCUGUAAACACACAGCAUCUCCUCAGAGUGACAUCAGUCUCAAAGCACUGACCCAGGACAUCCAUGAGUUUCUCGAUGACUUCUACAGAACAUAUGGAAGUUUCAUCCCACUACAGAAGAGCGACGUGUUGAGGCAUCUGAAGAGGAAGUUUAACAGUCAUUGGAGCGACAGGAAGAACAUCAUCUUCUCUGAAGUUACCAGAUAUCAAACUGCGAUCGUUCAGAAAUCUGCUCCCUCUUUCCAGGUGGUUUACAAGAAACACACACUGACACUGGAUGAUCUGUUGACUCUGGCAGAUCAGAACUGGCUCAAUGACCAGGUCAUGAACAUGUAUGGAGAGCUGAUCAUGGAGUCCUCCCAUCACAAGGUCCAUUUUCUCAACAGCUUCUUCCACCGACAGCUCAUGACCAAAGGAUAUGAUGGUGUUAAGAGAUGGACAAAGCAGGUGGAUUUGUUUUCUAAGAGCCUUCUUCUGGUGCCCGUCCACCUGGAGGUUCACUGGUGUCUGGUGACAGCUGACAUCGUCAAAAAGAAAAUCUGCCUUUAUGACUCUCAAGGGAAUGCCCUCCAGAAAGUUGCAAGGAACAUCCUGAAGUACUUGAUGACAGAAGCGAAAGAGAAGCAGCAAACAGCUUUCGAAAACGGUUGGGUGGUGUCGUUUGAUGAGAAAAUCCCACAACAGACCAACGAGAACGACUGUGGAGUCUUCGUCUUGGAGUAUUCUAGAUGCCUUGCUCUGACCAGACCGCUCCAGUUUUCACAGAACGACAUACCAAAGAUACGAAAGAGGAUCUACAAAGAACUCUGUGAUUGUAGGCUCCAUGAACAGGACUGACAAGUUGUUUACAGCUGUGUGUGUUCAUUGGCGACGAAUGAUUUGUGCUGCUACUGAUUAAGGUAUGAAAUGUCUCGCUUGUUUCUGUGUCGGGUGUCAUUGUCAGCUCCAUAGCAGACUUACAGCACUGUGCUUAGUGCAGUGCGUAGUCUAUGUGUAACCCCAGCAGUAAGGACAGUAUCUGUCUUUACAUGGUCAGCCACAGCAUUAAAACCACCCGGGUGUUAUUGUGUCAUCCCAACAGAUGCUCCAUCAGAUUGAGAUCUGGCGAAUUUAGAGGCCAAGUCAACACUUUGAAGCACUUUGUCGUGUUCCUCGAAACAUUCCUGAACAAUAUUUGCAACACUGUUAAGGUAGGUGUCAAAGUAACAUCCACAUGAAUGCAUUGCCCAGAGCGUCACACUGCCUCUGCUGGCUUGCCUUCUUUCAAUAGUGCAUCCUGCUGCCGCCUCUUUCCGGAAAAAAAAACGCUCUCCCAUUGCUUCACGGUCCAGAUUUGAUGCCCGUUGUAGGAGUCACAGGGUCCCUCUGUCCAGUCUGCAAGCUCAUAUGCAGCACGCUGUGAUGAAUUCUGACACUUUUUUUUUUUUUUUUUUUAUCAUAGCAGCAUUAAGUUUUUCAGCAGUUUGUGCUAUGGUAGCUUUCCUGUGGCUCAGAUCUUAAUGCUGCUCAUUUUUUCUGCUUCAAACACAUCAAUUUCAAAACUCACUGUUCACGUGCUGCCUAAGAUAUUCCACCUCUCGUCAGGUGCCGUCGUUAAGAGAUAAUCAAACUCAGUCUGUCGGUGUUUUAAAUGUUGUGGCUGAUCGGUUUAUAUCCCGGUUCAGACUAAACCAUAAUCCAUGUGUGAUUACUGUAUUUAUAUGAUCACUAUUUAAUCAGGCAUGUUAGACCUCAACAUGAAGUCGUUUAAAGUGCACCAGCAGAGCCUUACUGAAUCUGUCAUGGCCCCCGUGUAUGUUUAGGUGUGACUUGUUUUUUCUGUUAAAAUAUCUGAAUGCCUUAUUUGCACAUUUUUACAUCAAACCUGUUGUUGUUUGCAGCUUAGUUUACUGAUUAACACCAGAUGACUGAACUGAAGUCGUGCGUUUUGUUGUGUAUUAUUUCUGUUGCAUAAGAAAAAUGUGUAUAUAAGGUUUAAAUUAAAUGAGCCAUUUUCCAAACA